AUGGCUGAGGAAGAGAACAAGAAAGUUAUCCCGCACGAGGAGGAGAACAAGAAGGCUUGGGAGAAGGGCGGCGCAAAGUACAGCAGCAAAGCAUACAGCGAAUACUUUGAUCCUUGUCAAGAAGCCGCCGACAGAAGUCUGAGGUGUCUACGAAGAAAUGGCGGCGACAAGGCGCUUUGCUCGGACUACUUUGAGUAUGAUUAA